AAGAGGGAAGCCAAGCUGAAGGGGUGGGGCCUCGUGUAGCUUAGCCGCUGUGGCCGCCGCCGCCGGGGGUCUGGGAAAUCUUCCCCUGGAGUCCAGGAGGAGCCUGUCCACGCACGCGGGGGUCAGGCAGGCGGGUGCGCGCGCGUGCACGCUCUCUCGGGGUGGUCGCGCGAAGGAAUCCUUUCCACACCUGCGCUUCAGUUCCCCGCCAUCACCCACAGCCUUCCUCCGACCCCGGGACGCCGGGGAGCCCAGCGCGCGGUGGGGGCGCGAGGUGGAGCGGGCGGGGGCGGCCAAUGCGAAACUGGCUGGUGCUGCUGUGCCCGUGUCUGCUCGGGGCCGCGCUGCACCUCUGGCUGCGGCUCCGCUCCCCGCCACCCGCCUGCGCCUCCCCUUCCUCCUCCUCCUCCGGGGCCGUCCCCGCAGAUCAACUGGCAUCAUUUCCUCAGUGGAAAUCAAGACAUUAUGAUGUGGUAGUUGGUGUGCUGUCAGCUCGAAGUAAUCAUGAACUACGAAAUGUAAUCAGGAGCACCUGGUUGAAGCACUUGAAACAACAUCCAGAACUAAGUCAACGUGUGCUUGUGAAGUUCAUAAUAGGUGCUCGUGGCUGUAAUGUACCUGUGGAAGAUCGAGAAGACCCGUACUCCUGCAAACUGCUGAACAUCACUAAUCCCAUUUUAAAUCAGGAAAUCGAGGCAUUCAGUCUUCCUGAAGGAACAGCAUCUGGGUUCUCUGAGGAUCAAGUUGUCAGUGUGAGCUUUCGAGUUCUCUACCCAAUUGUCAUUACUAGUCUUGGAGUCUUCUAUGAUGCUGGUGAUGUGGGUUUCCAAAGGAAUAUUACUGUCAAGGUGUAUCAAGCAGAACAGGAGGAAGCUCUCCUUAGUGCUCGUUUCAGUCCCCCCAGCUGUGGAGUACAAGUCAACAGACUGUGGUACAAACCAGUGGAGCAGUUCAUUUUGCCAGAGAGCUUUGAAGGCACGAUUGUGUGGGAGAGCCAGGAUCUUCAAGGCCUUGUGUCUAGGAAUCUUCACAAAGUAACAGUGAAUGAUGGAGGGGGAGUUCUUAGAAUCAUUACAGCUGGUGAGGGAGCAUUGCCUUAUGAAUUCAUGGAAGGUGUAGAGGGAGUAGCAGGAGGCUUUAUUUAUACAAUUCAGGAAGGUGACACCCUUUUACAAAACCUUCAAACUCGCCCAGAAAGGUUUAUUGAUCAUAUCAAUAACCUCCAUAAAGAGGACGCCUUACUGAAGAAAGAGAGCAGCACCUUUGAUGACAUCGUUUUUGUGGACAUUGUUGACACCUACCGAAAUGUUCCUGCAAAAUUACUGAACUUCUAUAGGUGGACUGUGGACACAACUAGCUUUGGUUUGUUGCUGAAGACAGAUGAUGACUGCUACAUAGAUUUAGAAGCUGUGUUUAAUAGGAUUGCCCAUAAAAACCUGGACAGACCAAAUUCUUGGUGGGGAAAUUUCAGACUGAAUUGGGCAGUUGACCGAACAGGAAAGUGGCAAGAGUUAGAGUACCCGAGUCCUGCUUAUCCUGCUUUUGCAUGUGGGUCAGGUUACGUUAUCUCCAAAGAUAUUGUUCACUGGCUAGCCAGCAACUCAGAAAGACUAAAGACAUAUCAGGGUGAAGAUGUGAGCAUGGGCAUUUGGAUGGCAGCGAUAGGGCCUAAGAGAUAUCAGGAUAGUCUCUGGUUGUGUGAGAAGACUUGUGAAACUGGGAUGCUCUCUUCCCCUCAGUAUUCUCCACAAGAACUGGCAGAACUGUGGAGACUGAAGGAAGCCUGUGGGGAUCCUUGUAAGUGUGAGGCGAGAUGAUAAUCACUUAAACCUGGCAGACUGAAGAUCUGGAGUAAAGACAACAUGAAGGAGGGUCUAUGAGGAAAACCUGAGGUUAUGCUGUGGAACCAGAUUUCUUUCAAGGGGCAUUAUGUUGGUGCUUUCACCUAUAAUUGAUGGAAUAUUCCUUGAUAUUUGCAUAGAAGUUCCCCCUUUAAAAUUAGCAUAUUCUGAAAUGAAACAUUAACUUUUUCUAUGUCUAAGCAAUUUUGAAUAUAUCAUAUCAUAAAGAGGGGGGAAAAGACCUUUUAUUUAAAAAAAAAAAGCUUGAUCACUUACAGUUUAAUAAUAUCUGUCCAUCACUUAGGGUUGUGUCUUGGCUAGAUGCUGAAAUGAGUUGUAAUGGCUAAAGCAGCAAAUGAAGAGGGAGUUUCAAGGGAAAGUAAUCAGUUUCUCAGUAGGGAGGUUUGUUUGCCUGCUCUGGGCAGAAGUGCUGGCAUUCAUUGCUUGUGGUUGUUGAACAGUGAGUACAGAUCUAGCAGGUGGCCACAGAGGGGAGUGUGCCCCAUUUUAGAUCCUUGUUUUUAAAAGUACAUCUCUCAUCUCACUGGUUACCCAAGUUUGUGGCCACUCUAGUUCAACAAGCAGACGGUACUGGGUGCUAACUCUGUGGGCUUCUGUUGAUAAGGGCUAUGAAAUGUCCCUAUUUAGGAAAAUCUUCCAUAUCAGUCAAAAGCAAAGUAUUCCUCAGGGUUUUGGUGAUAAUAGGGAAGUAAUUUUCUCAAGAAUAAGUCAGUGCCCUAAAAGAAUAACCUCACUUUUCUAUUUCCUGGGAGUAUUUAUAUCAUCAUGGCUUACCUCAGGCCUAAUAUUUACCUAAAAUUGAGGCAGUAUCUAGAGCUGAAUUUCAGUCAUAUUUGAACUUCCAUGAAGGUGACACUGAACUUAGGUCUAGACUCAACCCCAAAUAAAAAGCAUGACUUUUUUUUUUCAAGUGCCCUAAAAAAUAGUACAACAGAAGGGAUAUAGCAACAUUAAUUUAAUUAGCAAAAUAGUGGAAGAUGUGCCUCCCCCCAUUUUAAGUGGCCUUUUCCUUAGUUAUAAAUCAUAAUCACAUGGUAUCAGUAAGUAUUCAUAGUGAGGUUUAUUAAGGGAAAAAUGCAGAAUUCUUAUUGUAGUCGGUUAUUUUUUCAGACAUUAGUUAAGAUAGUUUUAACAUUUAGGUUUUCUACAUAAUGUUCAACUAUGAAGAAAUAAGUAUAAGAUGUACAAAAAUAAAUAUACAAACAGAAGCCAGUAAAUAGGCACAAAGUAUUUAUUAGAGCUACUAUACAUACACAUGCCAGAAACAAAUCUUUUCUCCCACUGAAAUGUGGUUUGACAAAUCCUUUCUAUUGUUGACUUUUGGACAUCAGUCAUACUGAAUAGUCAUAACUGGAUUUUUACCAUCGUACUAAUACACAGUCUCCACUUUCAACAGAGUAAAACUGCAAUGGCUGUUGGUCAUUCUCUAGUUCAAUUUCUUUGCCUUCCAUCUAAAAUUGGAGAAAAGUUUAAAAAGUUAUGAGAUAAAUCAGCUGGCUGAGUGUAUUUUUUUUCAUACCACUAUAAGUCAGUUGCCUUCAGAAUCCUAAAUAAUGUAAGCAGAUACAAAUUGUCAUCUUUAAUGGAGGACUAAACUUGAUUAUGGGUCUUGCUGAAACUACUUACUUUAGGGCUUUCAUAGGAUAAUUUGAGUUCUGAUCCUGGAACUUUGAGUAGACGAGACAGGAAGCCCUUCACCUUUUGAAUUGUCAUGGACUCUGUUGAGUAGAAGAAAAGAAAUUAGUUCUUUUUAAACUGACAGCUAAUUAUAAAACCAGCUGCUCUUAUUUAUUAAAAAAAAAAAACGAAACUAUUUCUAAAGUAACAGUAAUAUAAGCACGUGUAUUUGUUUAACUGCUGAACACCAAGUUGGCUUGAUGUCUGUGUUCUUUAGUCGUAUUAGAUUACCCAAAUAACUGAUUAAUGUAGAAAAUCUCAUCUGUUAUACAGACCAUCAUGUUACUGCUCCAUCAUCUUUGGUACAGUUGGUGGGGCACACAGGAUGCACUGAGCCAACGUUUUGACCUAAGUGACCUUUGACAAUGAGUUUUCAUCCUGUUCCAUUGAUUAUACUACUUUAAACUAUUCCCCACGUGGUGUAAUUCUCAGCAUAGAGGAAGGAAUGUCUGAAAUCAUCAACAAUCUUUCAUGUCCAGCUGACAGAAGGAAAAGAAUAUUUGCCUGAAAAUCAGGAGACCUGGGUUCUAGACCUAGAUAUUCUGGGCAAAUCCCUUCUUCUCGGGGUUUCAGUUUCCUCAUCUGUAAAAUGAGGGUGUUGAACUAGAUCAGCUCUAAGAUCCUGUUCAAUUCUGAUUCUACUAUACACUAAUGUGCUAUAUCGGUGACACCAAGGGACUGUGUGGCCCUGAAAUUUAACUUGAAUGAGUAAAUGAUUUGGCUUGUUAAAAUAACAAAUAUGAACUUACUUCCAAAGACAGGUUAUGGUAAAUAUUGGAUAUCUUGAUUUUGAAAUGUUUAGUUUCUUUGAAGCUUUAGCUGGAGGCACAGCAAUAGAGUGUGUGGUUUUCCUGCAAUAUCACAAUGUACUUAAACUCAAAUAUUUUUCUAUCAAAAUCAUUUUUGUAAAAGCUGUCUGUGUUUUUAUGCAACUUGUGAUAAUAAAUGUGAUCUUUAUUUUAGAAUAAAAAA